AUGAGUAGAUACUAUUCACUUGAACACAACACUCAUGCGAUUCCUCCUAAUGAUACCAUCCACUGUCAUACUAUUGGGUGCAGAAGGCAAGUUGCAUCCUUCAGAAAUUAUAUUCAGAAGACUCUAUCAGGAGGACUAGGGCUCUUUGAUCGGCUGAUUAAUGUUCGUGUAGCAAACACCGUGAAGAAUCCUUUUGGAACUACAGUAGCCAGAACUCACUGUAGACUAUGUGAUAAGAUGAUCGGAUGGAAAAUUAUUGCAGUCACCUGGCCGUCCAGGUAUAUUAAAGAAAGAAGAUUCAUUAUGAGAUUGGACCAGCUUAGUUUUUCAAAUAAUGAAACGAUGAUUCAUCCAAUGGAGCAACAAAAAGUCCGCGCUGAGGGGUAUGGAGACUCUACUGGAGAAGAAAUGAGCACUAAUAUUGAUCAAGAUGGAGGCUUAGAUAAUGAUAUUUGUAAUUACUUGAGGAAUCUCCUCCGUCGUGAUCAAGAUGGAUACCUCAAUGAGCAAAUUGUUAAUCAAGUUGUAGGAGCUAAUGAGCAAAAUGUUGAUCAACAUGGAGGCGAUAAGGAACAGAAUCAUGAUAAAGAUGGAGGCGCUAUUGAGGAAUAUGUUGAUAAAGAUGGAGGCGAUAAUGAGCAGUUUGUUGAUAAAGAUGGAGGCGCUAAUAAUGAGGAAAAUGCUGAUAAUCAAGAUGGAGGCGAUAAUAAUGCUGAUAAUCAAGAUGGAGGCGUUAAUAAUGAUGAUAAUCAAGAUGGAGGGGACGAUCAACUCGUAGUUUCUAAUGGGCAUAGUGAUCGAAAUCCAAACAUUUGAACUGAGUGCAGACAUCAAUAGCUGAUGAUUUACGAAGAUAUACACUUGCACUGAGUGCAGUCACUAGAGUUCAUAACUGUGUGAUAUUCAGUUAAAGUACAUAUUAUUACUACUUUGAAAAGCAAUUGAGAGUGAACAUUUUAGAGCUGGGG